AUGCCCGGGAAUUUUUAUGGGAGGUUGUUCCCCAACCAUUCUCUUCAUUUCAUACAUUCUUCAUAUAGUGUCCACUGGCGCUCUCAGGUGCCCGCCAACCUUGUUAGUGAGUUCGGAUCGCCCUUAAACAAAGGCCAUAUUUAUCUGGCAAGGAUAACCCCGAAGAGCGUGUACGAGGCAUACUUGGACCUUUUCAACAGGGACAUGACUGUGUUCCUCAAGUCUCGUUCGGAAGAGCUAGUCCUUGGAGGUCGUAUGAUGUUCACAAUGAUCGGAAGAGAUGCGAGUGUCAAUUUGUCCGAGGAUCAAGUCUCUAAUAUAUGGGAAUUGCUAGGAAUGACAAUAAGCGAUAUGGUCCAAGAGGGAAUAAUCGAAGAGGAAAAACUAGAUGAUUGCAACAUGCCCUUUUACCUACCUACUCCUGAAGAAGUUAGAUAUGUGAUUCAAAAGGAGGGCUCAUUUGACAUCACUAGGUUCGAAACAUUUAAAGUCACCUGGGACGCCGAAAUGGGCGACGGCGAUUUACAAAUGAGAGGCAAAUAUGCGGCAGCAACCGUUAGAGCGGUCUCAGAGUCCAUCCUAACAACACAUUUCGGAGAAGAAGUCAUGGAUGGUUUGUUUGAGAGGUUCGCUAGCAAAGUUUCACAGUACAUGAAACUACAUAAAGGAGAAUAUUUCAACAUCCUAGUUUCAGUAAAGAACAGAUGGAUAUCAACCCUCAUGCAAUCCAGUUAG